GACCAAGUUUCUCCCUGCUCCUACUAACCUGGAUGGCUCGCUGUUCCUCAGCCUCACGGCCCGACACCGUCUUCGCGGCGGUUCGGGACGUGCUCGUACUUUAUCAGGAUGCGCCGCUCUGCGAUUUCGUUCGCGACUUGGCCCUUACCAUUCUUUCAGGCUAGUCUCCAACUGUACGGCAUACGAUGUCUUCCGCAGAAAUGCUCGCGCAGGCUGCCGAGGGCCCCGCGUUGAUAGGCAUCUUCCUUAAUGCCAUGUUGUAUGGGGCUAUGAUCACACAGACGUUCUUUUACUUUUCGACCUAUAAGACAGACCCGACAUGGAUUAGAAUCUAUGUCACCGUCCUCUUUGUGGCCGACUCGCUUAACGCCGCCUUCAAUCUUGCCUGGAUCUACGGCGUGCUCAUCAACAACUUCGGAAAUGAGGAGGCACUGGGAGUGGGGAACUGGUUGUUCCAAACAGAGGAAGCGAUGACGGGCAUCAUCUCGAUGCAAGUCCAACUCUUCUACGCGUGGCGGCUAUACAAGCUCACUGGCAGCAAGCUCAUCGUGGCCGCGGUCGUCAUGACCUCUCUACUCGGCGGUCUGUCGGGCAUAGGCACCGCUGUCGGGGUGGGCAUGGUACGGGAGUUCGCUAAAUUGCAGAAACUCAAGAUCAUUGUCUCGCUAUGGCUCAUCGGGUCCGCAGUCUGCGAUGUCAUCAUCACGAUCGCACUGACUUGGCAUCUGCGAAGUCAUCGCACCGGGUUCUCUCGCACAGAUACCCUGAUCACCAAGAUCACACAGCUCAUUGUGUCCAAUGGCUUGCUGACAGCCAUCUUCGCUGUAGCUGAUAUCGUCGCGUUCCUUGCCACGAAUAAGAGCUACCAUCUCAUUUUUAACUUCCCCUUGUCGAAACUCUAUGGCAACUCGGCGAUGUCCAGCCUAAACGCGCGGUCGAUUCUAAUGAACAGCUCUUCGAAGAGCUCCCCGUCGUAUCAAGGCGACACCCCCGCAAGAGUGGCAAUCGGAGGGACCGGCGGAGUAGUAGGAAGCGUAGCGACCAAAGGCAUAGGACAGAUCAUGGUGAACGUCGAGACGCAUGAGAUGGCAGACGUCGUAGGGAAGCCGAUCGACGACGUGGAAUGGCAAAAAAGCUCUACUGGUAGCGACACCAAGGCCAUGGCGCUCUAACGCGUGCCGCAUUCAUAGAUCACGACUGUCCCUUCCUUCAAGUUUGCUGUUUUGCGUACAUUACUAGUGCUGUUGUAGAUCUCCAUUUCCCAGGUGUCCGCAGGCUUCAUAGACGCGGAAAGUCUCAUGCCAGUGUCGGAA